GCUGCAUUGUGGGGGACUGAUAACGGAAGUUGUUGUGUCCUGAACAAGUUGGUGGGCUGUGUUGUUUGGCAGUGGGAAAGAGGGGCGCUGUGUUUUGGUUUUUAGAUUUGAACUCAGGUUGAAAUUAUACCUGUCGCGGAUGCGGGGCGAAGAGUCUUCGGAUUCGGAGUCGAGCAGGAUGGAGGAGAGCUCGGUGCGGAGGAGUCUGGAGACGUUGUGUCAGGAGCUGAACAUGGACGAACAGACGGCCACAGAAGCUAUGGACAACUUUACUGCCAUAUGGAAUACAUAUACUCUGGAGGGAGAUGUUGUACACUGGCUGGCAUGUUCGCUGUAUUCAGCCUGCAGGAAGGGGUCCACUCCCACAGUGGGCAAAGGGCUGAUGGAGGGAAACUGUGUCUCGCUGACCAGGAUUCUUCGCUCCUCGAAACUCAGUCUGAUCCAGUUCUUCUCCAAGAUGAGGAAGUGGGCCGACAUGUCCAAGCUCUCGCAGGACUUCAGGCUCCGAAUGGAGCGCCUGGAACGCAACUUUGAGGUCUCCACUGUGAUUUUCCGCAAGUUUGAACCCAUCUUCAUGGACAUGUUUCAGAAUCCGCAGGGAACCGACCCGCCACGGCAACCACGCAGCAGGAAGCACAGGCGGCUGCCCUGUCACAUCAGUGAUGUGUUCAAGUUCUGCUGGACUCUGUUUGUCUACACUAAAGGGAACUUCCGUAUGAUUGGGGAUGACCUGGUGAACUCGUACCACCUGCUUCUCUGCUGUCUGGACUUGGUGUUUGGAAAUGCUCUGCUCUGUGCCAACAAGAAAGACCUCAUCAACCCGACGUUCAGAGGUCUGCCUGCUGCGUACCGUGCUGAUGGACAUAUUUCCUCUGAUGAGCCUCCUCCAUGUGUGUUGGAGAGAUUGUGCGAGCUCCACGACGGGCUGGUGGUGGAGGCGAAAGGCAUCAAGCAGCACUACUUCAAACCUUACAUACAGAAGCUGUUUCAGAAACAGAUCCUGAAAGGUCACGAUGAGCUUUUGACUGAACUCUUGGAUCCUCAGAACUUCAUCGAUAACAAUAAAGCCAUAAACAGGGAGUAUGAGGAGUAUGUGCUGACGGUGGGAGACUUCGAUGAGCGAGUGUUUCUGGGAGCCGAUGCCGACGAGGAGAUCGGAACUCCAAGGAAGAUCGUUCAGGAGCCACCUGCCAGCCAACAGCUGCAGCAACAUGUGGAGAAGUCUGCCUCUCUCGCCCCCUCCACCCCUCUGACCGGACGAGUGUACCUGAAGGAGAAGGACCUGCUCGUCACUCCCGUCUCCUCGGCGACACAGAGUGUCAGCAGGCUGCAGAGCAUGGUGGCUGGUUUAAGGACGGCCCCCAGUGACCAUCUGAUGCAGAUCUUCAAGUCCUGCUCCAGAGACCCCACAGAGUCCAUACUGACCCGAGUGAAGACACUGGGACAAACCUUCAAAGAACAUUACACCAACGACUCGGAGGACACGCCUGGCUCUCAUAUAGACUUUGCAGAGAACCGUCUAAAGCUGGCUGAGAUCCUCUACUACAAGAUCCUGGAGAACGUCAUGGUCCAGGAGACCAAACGGCUGCCUGGCAGAGACAUGAGCGUUUUGCUGGAGCAGGAUAUCUUCCACUGUUCCCUGAUUGCGUGCUGUCUGGAGGUGGUGCUGUUCGCCUACAGCUCCCAGAGGACCUUUCCUUGGAUCAUCAGUGUCUUCAAACAGGUUCCUUUCUACUUCUUUAAGGUGAUCGAGGUGUUUAUCCGCUCCGAGGAGGGCCUGUCCAGAGACAUGGUGAAACAUCUGAACUCCAUCGAGGAGCAGGUUCUGGAGUGCAGGGCGUGGACCACAGACUCUGCCCUGUGGAGCGCCUUGCAGGCUGCAGGGAACAAGGUUCCCACAGUGGAGGAGGUGAAUUUUUCCUCCAGUCUUGACUCAGGUUCUGCUUCUGGAUCUUGUUCUGUCAGUGGAGGGCAGUCCCACCUGCCCAUGGUGGCCCUCUCACCCAUCAUCCAUCCCCGCAUCAGGGAGUUCCGGUGCGGCCUGGGCAGCGCCCGUAAAGAUGUGCCUCCCUCUCCACUGUCCGUACAUGACAGGUACAGCUCUCCUGCAGCUGGCAGCGCGAAACGGCGUCUCUUCGGUGAUGACCCACCAGCUCCGUCACCAGGCCUGAACGCCGGCUUAAGCCCAAUGUCCUCUCCAGCAAAGAGGCUGACCUUUGGCACAAGCAGCACCCUGAAGAUCGCAGGACAGGGGACACAAACCACCGUCCUGAGUAUCCCACUGCCAGGUACAAAUAACACUGACCGCACCAUCACGCUGAUCCCGGUUCAGCCGUGUGAUUCUUCUGCUCCCAUCACGGCUCAGUUCCUGCUGACCGCCUCCCCGAGCCGGCCCACCGCCGUUGCCACGACCUCUGAUACCCAAGCAGGAAAUGGACGACCGAGACGCACAGGAUCACUCGCUCUCUUCUUCAGGAAGGUGUAUCACCUGGCUAGCGUACGUCUGAGGGAUUUGUGUGUGAAGCUGGACAUCUCGUCCGAUCUGCGAGGGAAAAUCUGGACUUGUUUCGAGCACUCUCUGGUCCACUGUACCGAUCUGAUGAAGGACCGGCACCUCGACCAGCUGCUGCUGUGCAGCAUUUACAUCAUUUCCAAAAUCACCAAAGACACUCACACCUUCCAGGACAUCAUGAAAUGUUACCGCAGCCAGCCGCAGGCCAACAGCCACGUGUACCGCAGCGUCUUACUGCGUCGCACUCCCAGAGAGCAGCUGGCUGAUGAAAACAUGGAGGUGGAUCCUGUUUCGGGUGGAGAAUCUGCAGAGAAAACCAAUCAGCACUCGGGAAACUUAAACUGCAGCCAAUCAGGAGGGGAGGAAGAGCGUGGUGACCUCAUCCAGUUCUACAACACUGUGUACGUCCUGAAGAUGAAGAGCUUUGCUCUGCGAUACGCCACCAGCGAUAACCGGGCGGACGCUCCUCCUCUCUCUCCGUUUCCGUCGGUCCGGGCUCAGCCUCUGUCUCCUCGCCGGAUCUCUCAGAGACACUCGCUCUACGUCUCCCCUCACAAGAACUCAGCAGGCUGUCUCACGCCGAACUCCUACACCUACAGGAUAAACAGCAGCCCGUCUAAGGAGCUGUCAGACAUCAACCGGAUGAUCCGGCAGGGCUGCGUGAGCAGGAAGAGAGCCUUCAACAUGGAGGGGGACGUCAUGAUGUCGUCGGCAUGCGACUCCCCGAGUAAGAGGGCGUGUCCGGAGAACGGCAGCAGCCCAGAUGUGCUGCUGAAGCGCCUCCAGGAUGUCGUGUCGGAGCGGCAGAGUCACUGAUGGGCCGACAGAGGGACAGAAACUCAAACCUGAAACUCUGCCAGGAAAGUAAUGAAGCAUUAAGAUUAACGGCUCCUCAGGUUCAAAAAGAAAAAUCCAGCGACACACAGAGACCUGUUUGAUUUCAGGAAACGUAAAGCUAAGGUGCCUGUUUUAUGUCUCACAUUUGAUUUUAAUCCAAGGGCACAAGACACCGAACGCACAGCGAUAUUGAUGCUUUUCUUGUUUUAUCCACAGCAAGUUGUAGUUCUGCUUCCUGUCUGUCGAUCACAUUGUUUGAUCCACAUCACGAAACAAAACUCACACAAGAGGCGAAACGCUCACUGAGAUUUGCGUUACGUCUUUGCACAGAGGUGCUUGUUAUAUUCGUGUUCAAUCCUCGGUGUGACUCACGUUCAGUUCCUUUCAGUUUUAAUCCCGCCCCUUUAAUUUAAUCAACCAAUCCGCUUGAAUCAGAGGUCCCGUUUUUGAUCUUUGAGCUUUUAAUUGUUCAGUUGCCUCCACUCACUUACUGCCAGUUUGUCCUAGUGGCCACCUGUGGUAUUGCACCUGAAAUUCCACAGGGAAAGGGUUUUUGCUUUCCCGCAAACCUCUGGAGAAAAAAAAAAAAAAAGAUGUGUAAUGAGGUCGGUUUUAAUUGUUCUGGUUUUAAAUUUUGUUGAUGGAGGGAUUAAUGUUUCUAAAAUCGUUCCUAGCAGCUGAAAAAUCUGUGUGUGCUUAGAUACAUGUAGAUCCCAAAUCGGGGCUUACACGAUGCAUCCCUGCUGCCGCCGUCUUAUUCAGGAGGUCUGACUGACUUUGGAUCACAUUAUUAUACUAAACAGCAAAGUUGUUUUUCAGCUCUGUGGUGUUCCAAAGAAACAGAUGCUAAAUCAAAGCACCAAUUAUAUAUAUUUCUUUUUUUUUUCUUUUUUUUAAACAGAUUUUACUGUUUGAGAAACAUGUUUGAUUAGAUAACAAUAAGUAAUCCUUCCUCUAAUCUGACUUUUUGUUUAAAUCAAUGUCCUGGCAUUAUAAUAAGCUAAUGUUGGCUUAUGUCAGGAAGGAUAAACACCUUUUAUAAUACUAUUAUGAAAGCUGUGCUACAAGUUUUAUUAUGACAUAUAAAGGAUGUUAACUGGCUCGUCAGCUGUGAUCAUCCUAAAUUACCCGGUCGAGCGUUAAAAAGUUAAAUAUGUAGCUGGAUUGUGGCUAUAUAAAUAUGUUAACCUGCACUGCGUUGUUCACAUAACUGCUGAUUUGUGUGCAGAUUCCUAAAAGAUAAAGUCAGAAGACUAUCGUGGACUCCAGCUCUUCAGACUGAAUCCCUCGUCUGCAACUUUCAUGUAAAGUACUUGACAGGAAGAUAAACUGGAUUCAAUGAUGGUUAAGUCCCACUUUUAUAUUUAACAUCAAAACAGAGCUGAAAAUAAUCAGCUAUGAUUCUAAAAUUUGGUAAACCUAUUCAAGCGUUUGUAACUGCUUGAAAAUCAGUUGAAAUUUCAGCAAAUUCUGAUGAUUUUUAAUUAUGCAUAGGUCUCUUCCUUCACAGACGUAAAGCAUUAGAAGCCCAGAGCCUCCUGAACAAUAUGGCGGCCUUGUUCUUGCAUUGCUUCACUCAGUAACAGCGAUCGGUGUAGCGUCUGUGUCAAUGGACUCUGUAAGCCAAGCGGUAACUUGUCAUUCUCAGGCGAGCGUGACGCAUCUCCAUGGAGUCGUUCACAGUCGCAGUUUCCACCUAAAAACAGACAAACUGUGGACUCUGCCUGUAAACUGAGCCUGGUGGUGAUCGUCUCAUUUAUUACAGUCGCCAGCUGAGCAUCACAUGCAGCCAGCUUGAUGACAUGUCUGGGAUCAGACGUUGGUCUUUAAGCAGCUGUAGUAGCAGACUUUGUUUUUCAGUGUGGCGACAGCUGUUUGCGUGUUUGUGACUCAGCACUUUAAAACUCUCAUACUGCAGGAAUUACCUUUCUUUGUUUUAACAGACUCAAAGAAUAUUUGAUAUUUGGAGUAUCUAAUCAUCCACACCUCUCAUACAUGAUUUCCAAAACAAACAAAAUAUAAACACCUUCUCCUCUUUCAGAGAAAUCUGAUGUGAACACUUUUUGAUUCAGAGAGCCUUUAUAGAUGAGUUUUCAGGGUCAGACCUCUCAGCCUGCCUGUGUUGGUGCCUUUUUUGUACAUAUGCAAAUAAAUAACAGUAUUAAGGAAAAUAAGUGGAGAAAAGGAAGCGCAGAAGUAUCUGAAACCUUUUUCAGAUGUCUGAAAUAGUUGAACGUCUAAACCGUGUAUCGUUUCCUUGAGAUGAUGUCUUUCACUACACUUCCUGCAGAUGUCUCCUCUUUGUUUGAAGACUUGAUUUCUGUGGAGAAAACGUCUUUUAUUAGUUUUAAUGUUUCUUUUUAUUUUGUGGUUUGAACCAUGUUGUGCUGUAAUUACAGGUGUUCUGCUCGGCUGAAGCAGCAUUUUUGUACGCAGGUGUGUAGUAUCUACACUCGAUUUUAUUCUAUGAUGUGUUAGAAAUCAGUCUCUCAGCUUCUACCUACCGUGGCUUUUUCAUAAUUGCUAAAAAAAGUUUUGUAAAAUAAACAUUUAAAAGGUGUCGAGUUGUUUUAUGGAAGGCCUUAAAAACACUGAUCGAUGGGCGUCGCCCGUCAACUUCAGUGAUAUUUGUAUUUUCUACAAAUAGUCAAGUUUUGUAUAAUAAAACUCUUCAUUGUGAAAUUUAGCUUUCAUGUGUCCCCCUUAUUUCAUUUUUUAAAUUUUCUUUGGUGAAAAUAUUUUUAAAAAUAAUUUAAAAGUGAAUUCUUGACUUUUCACGUCACUUGGGGGGGUGAUCAGUACCAUGAAGGUCCUGGGUGAGUGGCCACCAGGCUGCUGAGGCCUUUCUGGGUGGAGUCUCCCUGCACCGCCGUGGUUUUUCUCCGGCUUCUCCCACAGUCCAGACCUGAUGUUAGGUUAACUGGCCCGAGGACAGCUGGGAUAGGCUCCAGCCUUCCUGUGACCCUAAAUCGAAUAAGUAGAAGAAGAGGGAUGGAUGACUGGAUAAUGUAAGUCGAGGCUCCUGAAAACCACUAAAUGGCCCUUGUGGUGAGGUUCCACUGGUCAGGAAGUGACCACACUUCAACUGUUAUUUGGUAGAUUCAGUUUUAUUCUGUAACUCAAGACAUCACUUGUUCACUUUUUCUGUUUUCAUAUAUUCGUUGUGAUUUUCUGAUGAUUUGCUGAGAUGCGCCGUAUUUUUCUUCUUUGUCCUCCGGGCUCGCAUGCUGAGACAAUGUCUGACAUUUUGAUCGGCUCUAAAGUGAACACCGCAGGCCGGGCACUUUAGGUAAAAGCCAGACUUUACAAAUGCCAGUGAAAGCAGAGAAGACUGUCGUCACAGGUUAAGUGCUGGCUGCCCACUCUUUUCUGAACAGGGAAAAUUUUGAGUCAACACCAAACCGCACGCUGUGCAGAUUUCAGCAGAAAUCGAAGAAACUACUGCAAAGAAAAGGAAAGACGGGGGAGAAUGUAGUUCUUAUGAAGUGAAGCUGGCGGGGGUCUUUUUUUGGGCAGAGGAGAAUAUAACAACGUGACUCGCUUUGAGUCUCAAAGGGAAAAAAAGUGUAUAUAUUUCCAUGAGAUGAACCAGUUCAUCAAAGGAUGGCUACCAACCAGAAAAGCAGCUGAAAUAGCCGUUCAGGCUCUUGUUCUUGAGGUUAACAGUGCUUUGUGCCUUGUUUUUAAUUCCAUUUAUGGUGGUUUCUCUUUGACAGACCUUGACAAUCAUAAGUCUAUCAUCUCUUCAAAUUCCUGACUGGGUUAAAUGUUGCCAAGUUUGUUUUCGUUUGCAAAUAUUAAGCUAAACUCUUUGAAUAAGAGAUAAAAGUUUGCGCUUCAAUCACAUCUUAAUCGUUUGGUUUAAAAUCCACCGUGAUUGUGUACAGACGCGAAACUACAAAGAC